UUUGCUGCUCUAAUGAGUGGGUGGGAGGGUCAGGCAGUGCGACAAAUAAGGACACGGUUCCUGCACGAGCUUUCAUUCUCACUUUUAUUUGCAAGUGAGCUUUGGACCCACAGCUGCCUAAAAUGCGCUAAUGAACCAAACAGGAUUUGCUUGUGCUGUGUGUUUUCGCUGGAAUAAUAAACUUUCUCAGCAAAUGUUUUCAAGGGGCCCUUUCUCAUGUGCCAAAGACGACAUGAUUCACUGUCUCAGAUGGACUGUUUUCUUGUGGGUCGUAAAUUCCAUUCCUUUUACUUCAGGAAUGACAGUGAAUGAGAGAAUAGAUCAUACAUGUCCGCCCAUGAAGCUGGAAGAGAAAUGGCCUACCAAUGUGAACAUUCACAGAGAAUUCACAGGGUUUGAUUUAGCUCAGAAGUUUCUUCUCAGAAAAGGCACGGUGACGGACAACAGGCUGUUGUUGAGACUGGGGAGUAAACCCUUGUUUAAACCAACAGAAUCUGUGUUCCCAAAUGGACUUUCUCAUGAGUACUCCAUUAUUGCCAUGUUCCGACUCAGAAAAACCACAAAGAAAGAUCGCUGGUUUGUUCUGCAGAUCUUUGAUAAAGGUGGAGAUACACAGGUGUCAUUAAUAGUGGAUGGAGCUAAAAAAACAGUCGAGUUUUUGGCUCAGGGUUUUCUGAAAAACAGCCUCCUGUACGUGUUCAAGAACCGAGACCUGCAUGCCCUCUUCGAUCGACAGUUUCACAAGCUAGGUGUGUCUGUCGAGAGCAAUGCUGUCUCCGUCUACCUGGACUGCACAUUGAUUGAGCGUCAGGUGACCGCUGAAAGGUCUGGCAUGAACGUGAGCGGACGCACAUUCAUCACCACUCGAGUGGAGAAUGGACGUCCAGUGGAUAUUGAACUUCAGGAGAUUCUGAUCUUCUGUGAUGCUAGAAUAGCCGACUUGGACAGAUGCUGCGAUUCUCCUGGAGUUACGUGUGAACCUGUAGUGACCCACAACCCCACAGCGGCCCCACUGGUCACAGGAUACCUCCACAGAAUGCUGUCCAUGCCAGCCCAGCUGCCCAGCGACCGAUGCCACUGUCCCGCUCUGAAGGGGGAUCAAGGGCUUCCGGGUUUGGCAGGACAUUCUGGACAAAAGGGAGAUAAAGGAGACAUGGGUUUGAAAGGAGAUCCUGGACCUCAAGGCCUACCUGGUCUCAAAGGUGAUAAAGGGGAAACAGGUCCGUCAAGUGUGGGAACACUCUCGGUUGAGCAGCAAGCUCAAAAAGGGGACCAGGGUCCCCCAGGAAUUCCUGGAGAAAAGGGAGACGCUGGCCUGCCCGGUCAACCAGGAGCACCAGGGAAAGAGGGCAAAAGGGGUCGACGGGGGAAAACAGGAGAACCAGGGACUCCAGGACAACCGGGUCCACCUGGAACAUGCGAUGCUGAAGCUGUUAAGGGUAUGAAGGGUGACCCGGGUGUCGCAGGAAUGGAUGGACAGAAGGGCGACAAAGGGGAUUCUGGUUUGCCUGGCCUGGAGGCAGCCAGUGGAAUGAAGGGGCAAAAGGGUGAGGAAGGACCACCGGGCCCCGUGAUGACAGCACAUGGACUGAGACUUUCUGGACCUGGGGAAGGAGGUGAGAAAGGCCAGAAAGGAGACCAGGGUGAAAAAGGUUCUGAAGGCUCGAAAGGUUUACAGGGCAAUACUGGAUUGCCUGGACUGACAGGGGCACCAGGACUUGAGGGAAAGCAGGGUCCGUCUGGUCCCAUUGGCCUCCGUGGUCUUUCAGGAGAUCUGGGCUCUCCCGGUCAACCAGGACUGUCUGGAGAAGAUGGAAUGAAAGGAGAAAAGGGUGAUGCAGGUGGAGGGCCGGGACCGAUAGGCCCCCCGGGCCUCAAGGGUGAACCUGGUGAGCCCUGCUCUGUCGGACCUUGCAAUGGGGAGGAGGUCGCGUCUGGUCUUCGGGGGUUGCGGGGCCCUAAGGGUGAGCGAGGUGUACCUGGAGUCCCUGGAGAUGCUGGAGAAAAAGGAGAACCUGGUAUUGGAAUCACUGGACCCCCUGGUCUGAUGGGAUCUAAAGGAGAACCAGGAAUUCAGGGUCCUCGUGGACCUCCAGGACCACUUGGAUCGCCAGGAAUUAUGGGACCUCCAGGCCCACAAGGCAGACCAGGACCCCCUGGACCCCCUGGAGAACCGACAGCACUACCUAUUGUUGGAGACAUGGGGACGUUACUAAAGAACGCCUGCAGUGCGUGUCAGACCAGAGUACCAGGAUUGCCAGGGCAGAAAGGAGAAAAAGGUUCCCUUGGAGCUCCAGGUAUCCCAGGAAUGGAUGGAGAAAAGGGGGAUCAGGGACUUCGAGGCCCAGCUGGUAAUCCCGGAAAAGAGGGUCCGAAGGGAGUGAAGGGUGAGAGGGGCUUUCCUGGUCCAAUGGGGGACAAGGGUGAUGAGGGGUCCUCAGGUGUGCCAGGAUUGCCUGGAUCCACAGGCCGUAUGGGUCCACAGGGACUGAUUGGCAGACCAGGACCUGUUGGGGCCACAGGACCAAAGGGAGAACGGGGCAGCGAUGGACCGCAAGGCGGAACCGGACCUCCUGGACCUCCUGGUGUCCCAUAUGCAGAGGGCAAUGGAAUGAGCAGUCUCUAUAAGAUUCAGAAUGGAGCAGCUAAUACAGGUCAACCCGGACCACCAGGGCCCCCGGGGCCCAAAGGAGAUGAAGGAAGGAUGGGUGAGCCGGGGCUGAUGGGAUUACCAGGUCUAGAGGGGCUGCCGGGUGCUAAGGGUGAUCCUGGCCUACAUGGUCCACCUGGUGUUCCUGGUCCUACUGGAAAGCCUGCUCCGCGUGGAGAGCCAGGGAUCCCUGGAGAGCCGGGAGAACGAGGGCCUGUGGGAGAGACUGGCUUCCCUGGACCUGAAGGGCCUCCUGGAUCCCCUGGAAGGCCGGGAAAAGAUGGAAUUCCAGGCUAUACGGGAGCCACAGGCAGACCUGGAGACAGAGGUACUAAAGGAGAACGGGGAGAUACAGGGAUUCCAGGAGAGAGAGGAGUACAGGGAGAAAGAGGCAAACCUGGUGAAAGAGGGGGCUUUGGUCUUCAGGGGCAGCCUGGACAGAAAGGAGAACCAGGCACACCUGGAUCUUUAACAACACCAGGGACUGUCAAUCUGUUGGGUGAUACAGCUGCCUUGGAGGAAAUUAAAACAUUCAUCCGAAAUGAAGUAUUGCGUGUAUUUGAAGAGAGGUUUUCAGACAGUUACGCUUUGCUACAGAAGACACCAGCAGCCAUAUUAGCCGCGCAGGGUCGACAAGGCCCUCCAGGGCUACCUGGUAAUGAUGGCUCCCCAGGACCCCCCGGAGAGCCAGGAUCUCCAGGUCCCCAAGGGUAUCGAGGGCAAAAAGGGGAACGAGGUCAAAUGGGGUUAGGACUUCCAGGAGCUCCAGGCCCCACUGGCCCACCAGGCUCAACCGGAAUAGGAUUCCAGGGUCCCAAAGGUGCUCCGGGGCCAGAGGGAAGAUGUAACCCCAGCGACUGCUUCCAUCCUUACGCCAGACGGGACGGCUAGAAUCUGAUGCAUCCUCAUGAAAACCCGAUUAGAUCCUGGAAACCUGUGAACCAGCUCAUCUACACAAGCAUUAAAUCCUAUUGAAACAAACGUAGGAUCCCUGCUGGAGGAGAAGAAACACGCAAACGUCAUCCACACAGAGCAGCCAUUACUGGUGAUGUCAUUUCAUCAUUUAUCUCCGUUUCAUUUCCCAUAUUUGUGACCAAUGCAUUUACUCAUUUCCCAUGUUUUGUGGGUAUGACGUGAGAAUUCAGAUCUCAUCAUUACACUAAUCACACCGGACAGGUUUAUCUGAGGCAUAUGGCGAAUGCAGGUGGAAUGAGAAUUUACAUUUGUUUAUUUUCUUCAAGCUGUUGUGAAGUUGAGUUUUGAUUCAAUUGUGAUGGCUCUAUGCAAUCUAAAAUAGAAAACGAGUAUGUUAACAAAAAUUAAGUUAACGUAAAUAACAGACAUUGUAAUUGUUUUUCAGACAUUUAAUUUUGACAAAUAUUUAAAUAAGUGUACUUUCCAGCCCUGCGGGAAGAACAUUGCUUGAGUUAGGGAGUUAUUGUCAUGAUUAUCACCUCAGACACAUAUAUAUGCAUUUAAACA